GCACUACCAACGGUCACUCCACUUCCGCCGUGACAACGCUCAGCGCCGCCAUGACAGCUUUUAGAGCCUGAACUGUCCUUGCCAACAUUCCAACCCGCAUUGGCCUCAGCCUGUGAUAGCUAGUGUCCAGCAGAUGGCCUUUGUACACUACUCAUGCCCUUUGACACGUCUGCUGGUCAUCCUCUGCAUGAUCCGUGGCGUCAUGGCUUUCGAAGGCCUGAAGUGCCCGGGCGGCGCUAAAUUCACACGGGAAGGUAACUUAAAGCUAACAUGUAACAGUCCUCACUAUAUAAACACAAUUCACACAAUGAAGUGUGAAAGGGACAUCACUUUACUUGAAACAUCAAAUUGCACUGGCAAGAGGAUGGUGGUAAUUGGUCCGGGUUUAGCAAACAGGACCCUUUGCACGCGCAAGCAAUAUGAUGACUCGCAAGGCCAUUGCCAGGAUGGAAAACCAGUGGGCGAGGUUAACUGUAAAGACGAGAAUUCCAAAAGGAUUUAUAGUUGCUCUUUCAACGCAACUGAAAAAUACACAGUAGUGACUUGGAAUAUCUAUUGUCUGGAAUUCUGCCGAGCGGAGACUCACGGAAACAAAAGUUGUCUAUGGCUCAUGUCCAACGUAUGUCCGAUAACCAUCUCCAGAGAAAAACCACCAACUACCACCGCACCACCAACUACCGAAGCACCAACUACCGAAGCACCAACUACGGCAGCACCAGAGGAAGAAUUCCCCAUAUGGGCGGCUAUCCUCAUUGCACUUGGCAUUGGCGGUUUGAUUGCAUUGUGCCUGUGCCUGUGGCUGUGCCUACCGUGCAGAAAGCGUGAGCAGGCCCAAAGUCCCGUACAAGAUCCAGAAGGAGGAAAUGCCGAAAAUCCAGAAGGAGGAGAAGAUGCCGAAGGAGAGGAACCCGAAAGUGCUGAAAGUUCCGAAAGUUCCGAAAAGUCAAAAGAAUCAGCAGCAGAGGGUGGUGAAGAAGCAACAGAGGAGGAGUAAAGAACCGGAUUUGAAACAAAACAUUGCAAAAAACGCUGUGACCAAAUCAACUCCAUCAGCUCACGAGAACAGAACUUUGAUAAUAACUGAUUUGUUUACACGUACACUUGAUUACGAGUUACCAGCAUGUCGUAAGAGGAUGAUAGCACAGGCAACAACAAAAUCUAGUAUUUAUACAUCAAAGGGUAGGUCUCAGCGAUGUCUUUAUUGUUUAGCUUGGUCUCAGUGAAAACAUCUGUAUUGUUUUAACUAGGGCUCCAUGAUAACAUCUGUAUUGUUUAGCUAGGGCUCCAUGAUAACAUCUGUAUAGUUUAACUACAUCUCAAUGCUAACAUCUGUAUUGUUUAACUAGG